UCCCUCGCUCAGUAAACCAUAAUCCAGGCCUCUUUUCUCGGGUCGGGGAUGCUCUUACGCACAGACAAAGGAAGGAGCUCUCCGUGCCAUUCGUGUCGGUGAUUCCCACCAGAACCGGAGAACGGAGAAGUUAUCUCCCGAGAAGUGCCUUGAACAUACCCAUCCCUCGCCGCCGAUACCGCCCUCCGACAUGCGUUUAGGACUAUUGGUGCUGUUUCUCUCCUCGAUGAGGAGUUGUUGGUGCGCCCCGCCGCAGACUUGUCAUCCAGGAGACGAGAUUUUAGGAAGAUGCAGCAACGAAGUGUUGGGAGAUAAACCUACCUGUGCGCCGCUCACACUGGGCUACUGCAAUGACCUGGAGUACUCAAGAACCGUAUUCCCCAACAUCCUUGGCCACCGGAGCAGCCCGGACGUGGAGUCGGGAGCAGAGUACCUCCUGCUGAGCGUCAUCCACGGCCUGCUCAACGGGGAGUGCUACCCUGAGAUACGCCUCGUCGGCUGCUCGGUUCUCGCCUCGCCCUGCCAGGACGACAAGAUGAUUAAACCCUGCCGCAGCACCUGCGAGGCACUGAGGAGGGACUGUGCCCAUGCCUUUGAAGCCAUUGAAAUGGCCUGGCCCUACUUCCUGGAUUGUGAUCGUUUCUUUGCAAGUAACGAGGAGGGCUGCUUCGACGCGCUGGCAGGCCUCAGAGCCAGACAGAAGGUAGAAAUGUCCAGCCGCUCAGCUGAAGAACCCAGCACCAUCCUCCAGUUCACGUACACCUCCAAUGCUCAAAUGUAUAGCUUGCUGAAGAGAACAGCAGCCAAGUGCCCCCAAAUCACUCACGUCUAUAGCAUUGGGCGCAGCACAGAGGGCAGGGAUCUGCUGGUCAUUGAGUUCAGCGACAACCCAGGAAAGCACGAGCUACUGGAACCAGAGAUCAAGCUGGUAGCAAACAUGCACGGCAACGAGGUGUUGGGCCGCCAGCUGCUGGUCUACUUGGCGCAGUAUCUGUGUUCAGAGUACACCCUGGGGAACCAACGGAUUCAGACCAUCAUCAACACCACCCGCAUCCACAUUCUGGCCUCCAUGAAUCCCGAUGGCUACGAGCUGGCUGCCUCAGAGGUAGAGGAUAACAGUGACCCGGAGCUCGCCAACCAGGAAGGCCACCUGUUGAACGGUUGGACCAAUGGACGUACCAACGCCCAGAACAUUGACCUCAACCGCAAUUUUCCAGACCUCACCUCCAUUUUCUACCGGAACCGCCGCAGCAGGCACUACCGCAUUGACCACAUCGCCAUCCCCGACGCCUACUGGUUCGGAAAGGUGGCACCAGAGACCUACGCAGUGAUGAAGUGGAUCAGGUCGCUGCCCUUUGUUCAGUCCGCCAGCCUCCACGGAGGUGAUCUGGUGGUCUCCUACCCCUUUGACUUCUCUAGACACCCACAGGAAGAGAGGAUGUUCUCACCCACUCCUGAUGAACAGGUCAUCAAGCAGCUGGCUCGCACCUACGCAGACGCCCACGCCACCAUGUCCAACAAUGACACUGAGAGGUGUGGGGCCUCCUUUUACCAAACUCGGGGCAUCAUCAAUGGGGCAUUGUGGUACAGUUUUGCUGGUGGUAUGUCAGACUUCAACUACCUGCACACAAAUUGUCUGGAGAUCACAGUCGAGCUAGGAUGUGACAAAUUCCCAUCAGAGGCUGAGCUUUACCCAGAAUGGAAGAGGAAUAAAGAAGCUCUGUUAAGUUUUAUGGAGUCUGUCCAUCGAGGGAUAAAAGGAGUGAUUCAAGAUGUUGAUGGAAAAGGGAUUAAAGGGGCAAUUAUCUCUGUCAGGGGGGUAAGAAAAGAUAUCACUUCAGCUGAAGAUGGAGACUACUGGCGGUUGUUGAAUCCAGGAACUCACAUCCUGACAGCCACAGCCAAGGGUUACUCCAGGGUCAGUAAGAGGGUUUAUCUGCCUCACAACAUGAACAAGGCUGGACGUGUCGACUUUGUCCUGGCGAAGGUGCCCAUAGAGCCCGAUGUCGACGACCAUCUCUUCCCCACAGUAGACACGUGGGAUCGAUUCGACCCGUACAACCAGUUUGAGCGUGACAGCGAGCCCGGUGUAAGGGAAGGUGGGAUCGAGCGGGAGGAGAAACCGUGGUGGUGGAACUACUUCUACCAGUCUGGCAUUUCACCUCCACAAUGGCUGCUGCGAAGCGUCUGAAAUAAUGACUGGACAAUAAGGAAGCCGGCAUACCGCUACGAGGCUGCUGAUGCACACAUCCAAUGCCACUGGUGCUUUCAGAGGUGUCUAUGUAGCAGUAGCUGUGACACUAAAAUCAGCAGUGAGCCCAUAGCUAAACAGGUUUCAGUAGUUUCUGUAUGUGAAUACACUUUUUUUUGGGCAAACAACGCUUUGCAGCUUUGCAGCUUUGCAGCUUGAAAGUAAAAAAAAAGGUGGUAUGGAUGCAUUGAUUGUUAGAGUUAAUCAAAAGUAAUUCAAUGUACUUAUCUGAAUAUAGUGACACAAUUUUUUUCAUGAGUUUGGAACAAAUUUGAUCAUCAUUUAUUUUUUUAUCAUCAUAACAUUUCACACCUUAAGUUUUAGCCACAGUUUAUAUAAGAUACUGCACUACUCUUAAGCUUAGAUUAACGAGCAGCAAUUGUGUGCUUCCAGUUAACACUUCUUGCUUUGUUGGUUCUUAACAAAAACAAAAAAUAAAUAUUUUU